CUUUGUAAAGGCAAUCGCUCACACAGGACGCCUAGUAGUGGGAUGCUCAAACCGUCAAAGUAAACCACCUCAAGCUGUGAAUGCGUAACUAGAAACAGCCAGAUAUAAUGUCGAUAUGCUACUUACCAUCAAAACACCAGUGAAUAGUAAUGCUCGUCAAAAAGCUCAGGGAGGUCCAAUUCAUUGAGCACCUCAUACAAGAUUUAGCAACUCUUAUGUUUAUGCAAAGGGUGCGUGACAACCGCAGGCUCAAAUCUUAGCUCAGUUAACGACUCAAGGCUAAGCUGUUGGUACAGAGGUUGAAUCUAAGACAAAUAACAACGACAAAGAAUUUUCGUAGCAUUGUAAGUCGACAUUAUACUAGAAAUAGCUACUUUAAGACCAAAAUGGAUUUUCGGAUCGACGCGAUCAAGAGAAUGGCUAUGUCAAAAAUAUAGACAGGUCAUGCUCAACGUGAGUCUUUAAACUUUGGCUUGUGCUUUGUCGAAGACUGCAAGCAAUGAUCCAUCGUUCUGUUCUAGUAAUUGGCCUCAGCAAAGAAUGUAAAGGAACGCAAGGCAACAACAGACUUUGCACGUGGGUAGAAUACCUUUCAAGUCUUGCCAAAAUUGUACCGUGGUAGUAAUCCAACGACUUGAAGGCAAAGAGUUUCUGCUUCUUCAGAAACAUAAUAUUAAUUAAGUUUAUUUAGAAACAUGUGUGUUUGUAUGUUUGACUCUAAUGGCGUUACAGUGUGUUGUGAGCACUUUACUGACCGUGAUCAGGAGUAAUGGCGAGACAAUGCUCGAGUCUCAAUUGCCAACGUUUAAACUCAGCAAAAAGGUGAUUGCUUACCUCGUUGGAUUCAGCGAAGACACGAAGCGGAACAUGUUGGGACUUUUCUAUUUCAAGUCAAAAUUCAACUGAGCAAUCUGUGGAUCGAAAACUAUUGCUGCUGGCAAUACGAAGCUUGAAUAGGAUUAG